CAGUCUAGAGAGAGCGAGAGAGCAUCUGCUCAAUUGUGCACAAGUUUCCAGCUCCAAUUCGGCCUCACACGAGAUUAUUGUAUGUAAUGGAAACGAAAAACGAACGUUUACAUAUGUUUCUGAACUCUCGUCGGAGGAGAAUUGGUAAUUCAAUACAGGGGUUGUAAUCGUUGGUUUGAAGCCAGUUGGUCAUGUGGGUUUGUGGCGUCCAGACAUUCAUAAAGGAGCGGGUGUCACGAAGGGAAUCACCAUGAAGGCCUUACUAUUUUCGGUUGUUCUGCUUGUAGCUGUCCUAAGCUGUAGCGGCCAGAGGGUAGCAGAUAUCACGUGUGGUGUGGACGGGAGUUUGGGCAGCGAUUUUCAAGAGUGGGAAGGGGAAUUCUUCCCUAACAUUUCGUACAUCAAAUAUGAGGGGCCUGCAAGUCAUAAUCCUUUGGCUUAUAAAUACUAUAAUGCUGAGGAACUGAUUUUUGGCAAGAAGAUGAAGGAUUGGCUGCGCUUCAGUGUUGCAUUCUGGCAUACUUUUCGUGGAGAUGGUGGGGAUCCCUUUGGAUCUCCCACCAAGAGAUGGCCUUGGGAUGACGGCAGUAAUUCGCUGACCGUUGCCGUAAGAAGAAUGAGAGCAAAUUUCGAGUUUUUGAAAAAGCUUGGAGUUGAGAAGUGGUGCUUUCAUGAUCGCGAUAUCGCGCCUGAGGGGUCUACACUUGAGGAGUCCAACGCAAAUCUUGAUUACAUUGUUUCAGUUGCAAAAAAGCUACAGGAGGGAACAAACAUUCGACCACUUUGGGGAACUGCCCAGCUUUUCAAGCACCCACGUUACAUGCAUGGAGCUGCUACAAGUCCGGACGUCCGUGUUUAUGCAUAUGCAGCUGCUCAGGUCAAGAAGGCGAUAGAGGUGACGAAACUGCUAGGAGGAGAAAACUACGUCUUUUGGGGCGGGCGCGAAGGUUAUCAGACCCUUCUGAACACAGAUUUGAAGAAGGAGCUUGAUCACAUGGCCACUUUCUUGCGCUCAGCUGCAGAGUAUAAGAAAAAAAUCGGUUUUGAAGGAACUUUGCUAUUGGAGCCGAAGCCACAGGAGCCAACAAAGCACCAGUACGAUUGGGAUGCGGCAACUACUAUGGGGUUUUUGAAGAAUUACGGACUCUCAGAUGACUACAAGCUGAACCUAGAGUGCAAUCAUGCUACCCUGUCUGGGCAUAGCUGCCACCACGAGCUAGAAACUGCACGUAUAUAUGGAAUGUUGGGUAGUGUUGAUGCCAACACAGGCGAUGCUCAAACUGGAUGGGACACUGAUCAGUUUCUCACCGAUGUCAGUGAGGCAACUCUGAUCAUGCUCUCUGUGAUAAAGAAUGGAGGACUGGCACCUGGAGGGUUCAAUUUUGACGCAAAACUGAGGAGGGAGAGUGUGGAUGUGGAAGAUCUCUUCAUUGCCCACAUCUCAGGCAUGGAUACCAUUGCCCGAGGACUUCGUAAUGCUGCCAAACUUUUGGAGGAGGGUCGGCUCACAAAGCUUGUCGAGGAUCGAUAUUCAAGCUUUAACUCCCCGCUUGGGAAAACUAUUGAGGAGGGAAAAGUCGGGUUCGAGGAAUUGGAAAAAAUUUCUCUUGAAGCAGAAGAGCCUCCUAUUACUUCUGGCAAACAGGAGUUGGCGGAGAUGAUAUUUUACUCUUACGUCUAAAGUUGGGGCUAUGGUGGUCUGGAAGUGCUGAUGAUAGUUACCUUCCAGUUUUGUGUAGAGUGAUCCAAUUUUGCAGUUUCUUGGGUUCACUUGAAAAGCUUUUUGAAGCUCUUGGAUAAGUAGUGUCCUCUCGGACUUGUCCGUUGAAUCCGCCGCACCAUGUACAGUUGGGUUGUCUAGAAAUAAUCACUUCCACGUUGUAGUAAGGGAUGCAAAUUUCUUGACUCGCCGCAUCGUUACUUUCUUUUCACAAAUGUAUUGCGUGCGCUGCACCACUUCCCA